UUGGAGGAUUGUGAUGAGACGUUCGCCAACGCGAGGGGAAUGGGUGCAAUGGGUUUUUAUUUGAGGGUUUUCUGUUGAUUCUGGAGUCCUUGGGAUUGGUUUGAUGCAUUGUCAUUAGGGCGUCGCUUGUGGUGAUGGGAACAAAGGGUUUUUGUCUAUGCUUUGGGGUUUUGGGGUUUUCGGUUUUCAUUGAAGCGUAGAGAUUUCACUAGUUGAGGUUCUUGUCGAUAGACAAACUCCUUGAGAGAUCGUGACUUCGCUGGUCUGGAAUUCGUUUGCUCGGUUCCAGAUUCCUUGUUGGGAAGGAUGGCACGUGGUAGCGUAACCAAGGAGAAGGAUGGCUAUGUUCCACCGUGGAGGCAGCCUGCACCAAAGAAAGAGAAGUUCGACGACCUGAAAAUGAAGGCCGUGAGGGAGCCUGGUAAGGGGUCGACUAUGUAUGCGCCACCGGCGGGUAAGCGGGGUGGUUUACCCACGCUCGACGAGCCGAAACCAAACAUGUUUGAAUUUGAUGAAGACCUCACACUUGCUUUUCGGAGAAACUUUCAGUUCGUGAGGAGGGCUUUGAGUCUCGACACUCUUCUUCAGCCUUUACCACCUCAUAUAGCUGGCAAUAUCGCACGAAAUGUCGGCUUCUUCACACGCAUCUUCACGCAGUUCUUUGAUUCCAAAGGAAUUGAAAUUGCGAGGAAAUCCAUGGGUCUUGGACUGGAAGAGGGUCGCAGAAAGGUGAAGGACUAGAGAUAUUUUAUGAUUCAACACUGCAGCAAGACUAGGCAAUAUUGGGGAUUUGUCAGCGGAUCCAUAAGGAUGUAUUUUAUGAUGCUACCGGUUUGUACCAAUUGCAUUGUCAAUAUGAGUGUUAUUUACUUUUGCGACGUAAGAUUCAA